GUUUUUUCUACUCAUAUUGUAUACUAGUUACUUACUAGUUAGUAUAUUACGAUUAUCGUGCCAGCUCAGACAUAAACUUUAAGUCUACGAACUAAAAAGUAUUCGAAUAUAUUGUGAGAGACGAUCGGAUGCUUUAGAUAUUCUAAUGACUACAGACUAACGGUACGGAAGGCAUUGACAAACGAGUUAUUCCUGCAACAGGCAUCUUUUCCCAUUUGUUCUUAAAAUAUCAAGACAUUCAAGAAACUCAAAUGAAAAAAUAAUCAAUUUCUAUAAAAAAUUAUAUUUGUGUAUAAAAAUGUAACAUUUAAAUAAAAUCCACUGGAAUAUUUAAAUCAAUUAAGUGCACAAUUUAUUUUUAAUGAGAUCUUUUUCUUUUGGUGAACAAUGAAAAUUUACAAUUUUAUUGUUAAACACUUACUGUGAAUUUAAUUUCUAACGUUUGUACGUGUCACUAAACGAAAACUGAAAAACGUGAUUCGAAAUUUUUUGUGAAAGAAAAAAUAUAACAAAUUGAAGCUGAGCCGGUGUUAUCAUCAUUGUAGCAUUUGGAAUUAACUUUGAAAAGAUCAGUAAAAUUACUAUCAACAUCUAAAAUUUCUUUAUAAAUUUUAAAACGGUAGAUGGAAAUGCUCAAAAAAAAAUCCAAGGAAAUUUUCCAAUAGAAACACUUUAAACUAAAUCUCAUUAUUUCCCUCUCCACCAACAGCGACAAAAUGACAAAUGUGCGAUAAUUGGAAAAUUUCUCGAAAAAGGAGAAAAAUAAAUAGUUUAAAAAUUAUUUAAGAUUUACAAAGCUAAUUAAAACAAUAACAAUUAUAAUCAGACAAGUAAAUAGCACAAACACUACAUCAAAUUGAGGGAGAUAAUAAUUUCGAAACCAAACUACAUAGGUACAUAACAAACAAAUAAAUAGUUACAACAACAAUAAAAAAUAGUAAACAAUUAUCAUAAUCAUCAAGCAUCAUAAACAUUUAAAAUUGCCCUUCUCCAUCAAACAGCACCAAUAAACAUUUCAACACAAACAUAGAGACAACAAAAAAGAUAUUGAGACAAAGGGAAACGGAAACCCUUUUAAACAUCAUGUUGUAUGUAUUAAGGUGGAAGGCACCUUGACAUUCUGUUAUUUUCACAUAUCCAGAGCAAGCGAGAGUGUUAGAAAAAGAGAGCAACAAAUAAUGAUUUUAAUUGCUUUACUAAUAUUGUAAAUGGAACUUAAAGCAAUUAAAUUAUAACUAUUUUUAAUGUCUAGAUGAUAAACAAAACAACCAAACCAAAUAUUUAACUAAACCAAAUAAAAAUAAAAGAAAAUAUUUUCUAGAAGAAGAUGUAUUCUAAUAAAUAAUUAAAUAUUAAACACAAAUUGUCUAUUUAUACUCCAGCAACUGCCUUAAAAUAUUAAAGAUUUUACAAAUCAAGGAGCCACAUAUCAAAACAAUAUCACGAUCACUAUGAUGCUUACUAGUGAUACGACACAUUCAAAUCUAUCCACAGCGCCAUGUCUUACAAGCUGCCACAAACCUCAACAUCAUCAACAUCAACAGCAAACAUUAACACUUCCUCCUCUACAGAAUGCACCUGCCACAAAUCACACAUCGACCUCCAAAAAGAAACCCCGAAGUCUACACGAUAUGUUACUCGAAACGCUAGACUGUGUGCUAUCAUGUCUAAUAGUAGCACCCUGUGUCAUUGCCUAUUGGCGCGGCACUUGGGAAUUAAUUGGUGUUCUAAUAUUUCCCAAGAGUGUACCUCUAUCGGCGCUCUGCUCAUUUCUCAUCGGAGGUCUGGGUCACAUGCUGUUCACACUGACACAACGUUUCUUUAUAGAUAACAUACAUCCGGACAAGCAUCGUCUUACCUUCUAUGUAUUUUCACGUUUUUACACCUUCAUCUUUGGCAUUGUGUGUGUGAAUAUGUGGAGAGGGUCAUGGGUACUAUGCGAUUGGUUGACUAGUGCCGAUUCGUUAAUUAUUAUUUGUGUAGUUACGCUGGUGGCCUUGUUGUUUCUAAUAGCUACUCGUACCGUACGAAAUUUGGGAGCUGCACCGUAUUCGGUUAUUAUGGAUCAUAAAAGCGAUUAUUUUGAAGUGGAAACCAUGUUUAAAGUUGGGGGUUUUCACCAGCCCGGCUUGUAUGUAAUGGAUACAUUGUUUUUCAUUGUUAUCGGUUCUCUGGUAGUCAUUGCUUGGAGAGGUCUCUGGGGCAUUAUGGAUCUAACACUGUAUCCGGAAGAUAGAGCGAGAUCUGCCUGGGGAUCAUUGAUCAUGGGUUAUAUAACGGUAUUCUUUACGUUUAUUUUGCAUCCGUUAGUACGUUGGGUAUGUAAACGCAUCGAUGGUCUAAUGAAAUUAGUGUUUUGUGAUGUUUAUUAUUUUGCCGAAUUCUUUGGAGCGGUGAAUGCCUGGCGUGGAAUAUGGGUACUUUUGGAUGUUUAUUUAUAUCCAGAUAAUCCUAUUUUAAGUUACUGGUUAACACAUCUGAUACCUUUCCUUAUAUUAGCCGCCUUGAAAUGUUCCAAUUCGAUAUUGGUGCGUGGUGUUUACAUAGAUGCCGAUGGCCCUGGCGGCGAAUGCGUCGACAUACCAAUUAAUUAUGUAAAAUUACAUUUUGAAAGGGAACGCACUAAGAAGCGCACAUCCAACCAAAUAUACUCUCAAUCUAAACCAAAUCUUAUAAUCAAAUCGCCCCACGACAAGGAGGCACAAUGUGUACUAAUUGAAAAACCAACGAAAUCUGAUAUAAAAAUUCAAUCUGGAAUGGAUGCAACACAAUUGGUUUAACCAUUUAACUGGGACUGAGUUACAAAACAAUUUAUAGAAAUGUAUUUCACAAAUACUUAAGAAAAAAUUAAAGAAAAUAACACUAAUUUGUUAUUUUGUCUCUUAGAAAAUUACCAAAAGCGAAAAAAAUGCCCUUAAAAUGUUUUGUUUUUAAAAUAAUAUUAAUUUAAUUAUUAAUUAAUUGCAUUAUCCUUACAACACUGUAGUAUAGAGUAACAAAUAAUUAUGUAAAAUUGUACAAAAACAAAUUAAGUGUAAUAAAUUAAGAUUAAUUAAGUUAUAAAACAAGAAACAUAAAGAAAUAUCCACUUGUUGCAAUUGCAAAAGUAAACUAAUUUAACUAUUAAGUUAGAAAAGAAAACUUUACAACGAACAAAAUAUGCCAUUUAAAAUUCAACAAAUUUUAAUUUCUACAUAGAUUUCUUACAACUAAAAGUAUUAAAUUAAAAGUAUAAUUAAUUCAAAAUCAUUUAAAACACCCCAAAGAAGAGAUUAAUUUUAAACAUUAAAAAUAAUUUAAAUCUCAAAAUAAUGUCCUUAUUAUCACAGAUUUUUUUUUUAAUUAUCAGGUUUCUUCUUUUUUGUUUAUAAUUAUUAUUUGUUACUCAUUGUAUUUUAUAGUUUUUAAGUUUUUAUUAUACAUUCCGUGUUGUUAACAAAAUUUAUUUUAUUAUUAUAAUUAUUUAGUUGAUAUUAAUUUUAUUGUAUAUGUAUGUAUUUAAAUGUAAUCUCUCAUUAUUAUUUAUAUGUCUGUAAGUAUGUACGAUUUUUUAGCAAAAUUUUAACAAAUUAA